CAUGCGGUCUGCUGCUGCUCAGAAGUCUGUACCACACUUCUCCUACUCCUGUGAUACUUCCUCCUCGCAGAAACACUCUGAGCAAGGAGAAGGCCAUGCCCUACCUGUCUGCUCACCUCCUGGUGGUGGCACUUCAGCUGUGUGUUCUAAACCAUGUCCAUGGGGGGGCAUACUAUGGGCACAAACAGCAUCCUCAACAACACCAACCCUUGCCACAGUUACCUCAUCUGCCACUUGGUAACGAUGGCCUGCCACAACAACCAUAUUUGGGAAAGGAGAUGCCACAUGCACCAUAUGGAAAAGAGAUGCCAAUAAUGCCCCAGUAUAGGAAGGAGCUUCCCCAACUGCCAUACAUGGGCAAAGAAAGGCAGCCAACUGAGGGCAAAGGUGAGACUUAUCCCAGAGGUAAUAAGGGUCCUCCUCCAGGAGAAGGUCCUCCACCUGAGGGACCCCCAGGAGUUCAGGGUCCUCCCGGACCUCAGGGCCCACCUGGGUUGCCUGGCCACGGAAUGCCCGGACCUCAGGGAAAGCCAGGCCCUCCUGGUCCUCAAGGCUAUCCUGGUAUAGGAAAACCUGGAUUUCCUGGGAUACCUGGCAAAUCUGGAGGACCGGGUUUACCUGGCCCAAAGGGUGAGCUGGGACCUGGCGGGGGUGAUGGACAAAUUGGGUUGCCUGGUCCAUCUGGUCUCCCCGGGCCCCCAGGCCUGCCAGGUAUUGCGAAGCCAGGGGGCCAGGGACUUCCAGGGCAACCUGGGCCCCGAGGGGAACCUGGACAUAAAGGUCUUCCUGGAAUCCCCGGCCUGCCUGGGCCAAAAGGAGACAAAGGGAUUGGUUUACCUGGAUUGCCAGGCUUGAAAGGGCCCGGUGGACCCCCAGGACCUUCAGGUCAAGGGGGCCUUCCAGGGGUUGGAAAACCAGGUUUGAAUGGACUACCAGGAGCACCAGGUGGACCAGGUAAACCUGGCCCUCCAGGAGAACCAGGAUUGGCAGGGCCACCAGGUGAAGGAGGAGAAACAGGACCAUCUGGUCUUCCAGGUGUUGGCAAGCCUGGACCAGAUGGUCUACCUGGUCAACAAGGAUUUCCAGGAGGAAAAGGGGAGAAAGGCCCACCAGGUUUUCCAGGGGGGCCAGGUUUACCUGGCUAUGGAAAACCAGGAUAUCCCGGGCCAAAAGGUGAGAAAGGACACGGUGGUUUUCCUGGUCUUCCGGGUCCAAAAGGUGACAAAGGUCAUGUAGGUCUUCCAGGAAUUAUUGGUCCUCCAGGGCCCAACGGGCCCCCAGGCUUACCAGGUCCUAUAGGACCACCUGGGGGACUUGGUUUUCCCGGGCCUAAAGGAGAAGGUGGAGCUGGGGGGCCAAAAGGGCCACCAGGUCCUAUUGGUGAGUCAGGGCCUCAAGGACUUCCAGGACAACCAGGUUUACCAGGGGAGGGUGGGCAACCUGGACCAAGAGGGCUACCAGGGCCACUUGGCCCAAAAGGGGAUAAUGGACACAAAGGUUUGCCAGGUCUGCCGGGUGCUCCAGGGUUACCUGGACCGAGAGGUGAAGGUGGACAACCUGGUGAAAAAGGUUACCAGGGACCCAAGGGAAUUCCAGGACUCACAGGUCCAGGGGGACCAAUUGGACCUCCUGGUCUUCCUGGGCCAAAAGGUGAACUUGGUCCACCAGGCAAACCAGGCUACCCAGGUGAGGGGAAACCUGGAGUUCCAGGCCCUUUAGGUCCUCCAGGUAAACCUGGCAUUAGUGGUCCUUCUGGCCAGCCUGGACAACGAGGACAGCCAGGUCCUCCAGGCCCUCCUGGCCCCCCUGCUCAUCCACCUAGUCUUGGACAAAUUCUCCCUGAAGUGGGUCCAGGUCUAAACGGUCAGAAACCAGGUGGUUAUAAGAAACCAAAGCCUGAAUUUGGUGGAAGAAAUGGCCUGGAGAUGCCUGCCUUUACGGCUAAGCUCAUGAAGCCAUUCCCUCCUGUUGGCUCACCUGUUGUCUUUGAUCAACUUCUCUACAAUGGGAACCAGAACUACAACCCCCAGAAUGGGGUCUUCACCUGUAGCAUACCAGGAAUCUACUACUUUGCUUACCAUGUGCACUGCAAAGGAGCCAAUAUCUGGGUAGCUCUGAUGAGGAACAAUGAGCCAGUGAUGUACACAUAUGAUGAGUACAAAAAGGGCUUCCUCGAUCAGGCAUCUGGGAGUGCUGUACUCCCCUUACAGCAAGGAGACACUGUGCAUGUACAGCUUCCUUCUGACCAGGCCGCAGGACUUUAUGCCGGUCAAUAUGUCCACUCAUCUUUCUCUGGAUAUUUAUUAUACCCAAUGUAAACCCCACGACAGACAUAAAAAAACACCCUCUAGCUUACUUUUGACCAAUUUCAAACUGUUGACCCAAAGAGGUAAAACUACUAACUGCUAGGCCUGGAUGAGUUAAAUAAUGGAAUGGAACAGUUCAGUAUGCUUAUGUUUAUGUAACUGCAUAAGGAAGAAUGCAUGUGGGGGAUCUUUCUGCUGCUCUCACUAAACUCAAAAGCAGUUGGUUCAGUCAGUGCCCAUAGAGAAGAUGCACUUUUGGGACAUUGUGUAUUAAUACAUUAUAUAAUAAUAAACAUUUUGGUUGGUUUUAGUCUAAAGUAAACCGUUACAUAUUCUCUGUCCAUCAGCAGUUCUGUGCAUAUCAACAGCAUACAUGUUAUUUCAAUUCAAACCAUUAACUUAAAACAGAAACAUGUCUCUCUGUUAAACCACGUGCUAUGCUUUUUUCUUUGGCACAUAACUAAAAAAGCAUACCUGUGGCAUAAUCCAGUGUGAAUUUAGUCUAAAUGCAUCUAAUGCUACACAUCAUAUAAAAACGUGUUUUGUUUCUAUUUUUGGACGGGAAGGUUAGGACAAAGUAACAUCCACAUUUUUCACUUGUUCUCAAUUAUAUUGGGUUAUCUAUUAUUGUUAUUUAUUUCAAGUAUAUUUGACCUUCUAACUUGUACAACGUUAUAAACCACAAACUAGAAUUAGAUAAAUGUUAACAUGAAGUUGAAUUUGGUCUACAAGCCAGUACAAGGCCCAUUUCAGAUAUGUUAAUCAUCACCGAUUUGCAAGCAACUCCUACAUUACAGUAAUUGAAAAUGAAAAUAUUAUUUAGUGUCAAGAUUUGACAUAGGCCUACUCUCUGUUAAUUUUAUCUGUCCACAAUUAUGUAUGUAUUAUAAAUAAGUAUGACACAUAUAUUGCCUUCUUUUCAAGCCAUGUACAUCCAGUAAAAUAAUGCACAUUUAGGUCCAUAUAUGCAGUAACAUAUCACACUUAAUGAAGGUAUAUAUCAGUAUCUUUUUCCUGUAAAUUAUUUGUUUGACUACUGAUUGUCUGUAAUUGUGUGUAAAUGAGUCUGCCUUAAAGAAAUAAUUAAAAUGUGUUGGAAGAUUUUCUGAAUGGUGGCAAUGGCAAUGGUGCUACAAUGUAUAUGCAAAUGGUAAACAUAGUUUAACAUUUUUGUAUUUCUGUUCUUGUUUUUUUAAAUAAAGAUGAAGUGAUUCAAACGUGA